GCAGCUGAUAGCACAGGGCAAAGCCAGACAGAGUGCGCCUCCCACCCACAUUCAUGCCUAUUCUAUUUACUCACUACUACCUGCUGCCAGGCCAAGGUGAGCAGCCGAAGCAAAGAGCAGCAGCUAAGGAAGGAAAGGCGGACAGAGGGCUGAGCUGGGGGUACACAGGGGCACCCCCAUACAUUGCACCAGCACGAGAUGCAAACAAAAGGCACGUUGCACGUUGGGAUCAGGCAGGUGUCAGUGUGAGGCUCCGGGGAUGCCAGAGAGUUGGCCUGGAGGAGACACUCGCUCAGAGACUGCUGCCAGGCCGCUCAGCUUAUACACUGGGCACUAGCAAGUGGCUGAUGCCAUGAAAGAUUAACAUAAGGAGAGAGUGGGACAGUGGAUGGGAGGAGUAAGAGUGGCAAAGAAGGGGAAAUAUUAGAGGAUCUGGAUUGAGUCUCAGGGGAGAGGAGGAGGAGGAGGAGAGCCAGAGCAGCGCUUCUCACAGGGACACACACACAAAACCUGGCUCGUUGGCAGGAGAGGGAGACACAGGCAGGAGGCAGCAGCUCCAAACCGCGGCACAUUUGAAGAAUCAGGAGGAGCCUGUGCCAUCCUUCCUUGCCAGCCCGGCUGCUCCUCUAAUCUGGGGGGUCUCGGGCACUCAGUGCCCCCUUUCUGUCCCCAUUAGCCGCAGUCAUGAUGAUGAUGUCUCUGAACAGUAAGCAGCCCUUCAGCAUGUCUCACAGCAGCAUGCAGGAGCAAGAGGCCAAGUACUCAGCGCUGCACUCUUCCUCCCCUCACACCUCAUCCUCGGCCACCAGUUCCCCCAGUAUCAGCAGGGCCGGCGCCGGCAGCGGGAGCAGCAACAGCAGCGCAGAGGCGAUGAGAAGAGCCUGUCUCCCAACCCCACCGAGCAAUAUAUUUGGAGGUCUGGAUGAGAGUUUGCUGGCCCGUGCUGAAGCUCUGGCUGCGGUGGAUAUAGCGUCUCAGUGCAAGAGCCAACACCACCACCACCACCACCACACGCCUCACCACAGUCCCUUCAAGCCGGACGCUACUUAUCACACAAUGAACACCAUUCCCUGCACCUCGGCUUCCUCUUCUUCUUCAGUGCCCAUCUCCCAUCCUUCUGGAGUGGCCGGCUCCCACCACCACCAUCAUCACCAUCACCACCACCACCAGCCCUUGGAAGGAGAACUGCUGGACCACAUCAACCCGGGAUUAACACUGGGGGCCAUAACAGGACCAGACGGCUCUGUAGUCUCUACACCAGCUCACCCGCACAUGGCCAGCAUGAAUCCAAUGCACCAGGCAGCGCUCAGCAUGGCACAUGCCCAUGGGCUUCCAACCCACAUGGGUUGCAUGAGUGAUGUCGAUGCGGAUCCCAGAGACUUGGAAGCCUUUGCUGAGAGGUUCAAGCAAAGAAGGAUCAAGCUCGGGGUGACCCAAGCUGAUGUUGGAUCUGCUCUUGCCAACCUGAAGAUCCCCGGAGUUGGCUCUCUCAGCCAGAGCACCAUCUGCAGGUUCGAAUCCCUCACCCUUUCCCACAACAACAUGAUUGCCCUCAAACCCAUCCUGCAAGCCUGGCUGGAGGAGGCUGAGAAGUCUCACAGAGAGAAGCUCACUAAACCAGAGCUCUUCAAUGGAGCUGAGAAGAAAAGAAAACGCACGUCCAUAGCAGCCCCAGAGAAGAGGUCGUUGGAAGCCUAUUUCGCCAUUCAGCCUCGUCCUUCCUCCGAAAAAAUCGCUGCCAUCGCAGAAAAACUGGACCUCAAAAAGAACGUGGUCCGUGUGUGGUUCUGCAACCAGAGGCAGAAACAGAAAAGGAUGAAAUACUCUGCUGGGAUUUAGACUGUCUACUUUUUGCUCAUUUUGUAAGGAAUUAAAAAAAACCACACAUUUUAAUAUGUUUUUUAAUCGCCAAAAUCUCUAUAAAUGUAUAUAAACCGACAUUUCUAUAUGCCAGGCAGCUGUGGGCUCCACCUGGGCUGCAAAAAGUAUCUGGUGCCCACAAAGUCUCUCGGAUCGGGACUGCACAAGUAAGACGUUUUUAUUAUCUCCCCAGUUUCAGUGCACAGUACAGCUAUUUUUUAAGAAAAAUACGGAACAUGGGAAGCACAAUGAGAAUAUGCUGGGGACCUUGAGCUAAUUCCAGAACCUAUAAAAUGACUUUUUCCCCCCUUUUUUGUCCUUACAAAAAAUCUGCGAUGACUUGGUUUGUUAGAUAAAAUUAUAUAAAUAUAUAAAUAUAUAUAUAUAUAUAUAUAUAAAUAUACAUAUAUUUUUAAUGUGAUUGAGUAAAUGUGUCCCCCGUUGUGAUGCUCUAAGUGUAGGCAAAGUCACCCUGAUGUAUUUUCCUUUGUUUUGUUUUUUUUUUAAUUUAUUUAAUUACAAUAUUUUAUGUUUUUAACCGAGCAUUGAAAAAGACUAUACGUAUUGAUAUUUAACAGCAAAGGUUAUUUAUUGGUUAUCACUUUCCCACCUCUGGUUUAUAUUGCACAAAAUCACGAGUUUGGUAAAAGUACAAAUCACCAGGUUGGAUGUUUAUCUAGCAGCUCUUUUCAUUGGUCACAUCUGUAGAUUGCCAUUAAUAGUGACCCCCCCUCCCCCUUUCAACAAGGAAUAUUGACUGCUCCCAGGCUGUAUUAUAUGUGGAUAGACCCUGACAUCUGAAUGUUCUUCAUAUGGUUUCCUUUCUUACAUAUUUAAUGGGGUUCCCCACUCUGUCACUCUCGCCUUGUAAAAGAGACAUGUGGGGGUAUGUGUUCCCUGCUAAAUUAAAUUAACGCUUUAGACUAGUCUCAAAGGAAUAUCCAGAUUUGGAAGCUGAACACUUUAUUUAUUUACAAUAUACCAUGUGUAUAACCUGUUAUGUUAACAGACGAUAGAAAGGUUUAACCACAGCAGGGAUUGCCGGGUCCCGUACUUAUUUAUAUUGUUUGAAAUAAGUGAGAAUUCACCAGAAAGUUCAUUAUGCUGUACAUAUUCAUAUUUCUUUUACACACAUCUAUAUAUAUAUAUAUAUAUAUAUAUAUAUAUAUAU